AUGGAAAGCGUCGAGCACCACGACGAAGCCGCCACCGGCCUCUCCCUUUCCCCUCCCCCUACGUCGGCGCCGCUCUCCCCACCGAUAUCCCCCAACUCCGCGGCGGUGGCGGCGCUGGCGAACGCGCGCUGGGUCCCUACCAGGGAGCAGAUCGCGGUGUUGGAGGGGCUGUACCGCCAGGGGAUGCGCACCCCCACCGCCGAGGAGAUACAUCAGGUGACGGCGAGGCUGCAGGAGCACGGCCCCAUCGAGGGCAAGAACGUCUUCUAUUGGUUCCAAAACCGGCUGCGCCAGAAGCAGAAGCAGCAGCAGCAGCAGAGAUCUGACUACUUCGCCAGGCAGAUCCGCCGUCCCCAGCCGCUGCCCACGCUCCGCAGGACCCCCGGCAACUCCUUCUCCCCGGUCCAGCUGCAGGCGCCGCCAGCGCCGAACACUCCUGCAUGCAACAGAGAAGGGAUGUACAUGCAGCAGCCAUGUUACAUGACAGGGCAAGCGGCACAAGCCUCGGUGAAUGCAGCCUACUACUCGCAGAUGCAGCCAUCGCUAAUGCACUCAAAUUUAGAGACGAUGGCGCAUGGCAACAUCCAGGCACAGGCACAAGCCGCCAUGUACUUCCAGACAACAGCUUCAAACAACUCCAACACUCAACAACCGCGUGCGGUCCAGUUUCCUUCGACCAACAACAGCUACGGGGCUCCUGAGGCCUACUCCCGUCGUCCCGUGCUUCUGAAUCUGUUCCCACAAUACCCCACCUUCGCAAAUCGCGAGAGGACCCUCCACACUGAGAGCGCCGGCUCCCCAAGGCCAUCCACCUCAAGGUCGUUCUCUUUGGAGGCUGAGAGCUCGGAGGUCCCCAGCGGAGAUGGCUCGAGAUCGUUCUAUGACUUCUUUGGUGAAGGCCACUGA